ACUGUGCCUUGGGCAUGACACAUCAGAGUCUGGUGUUUAUCUUUUAUUACCUGCCAGACCCCUCUGGAUAGAGCCUCUAUGGAAUUCAUCAUGCACAGUCUUUGUUGAAGGAUGCAAAGAAAGAUGAGGAUAACGAGGCUGCAGCCUGGAGAAUGAGCGCAUCGAGAAAAACAAGAAAGGAAGUCACGAAACCACGCAUGUCUGCAAUGGAAGUCGGGGAUAGGGAUGGAUCCAUCACAGAAGAGAGGCAAAAGAGCAAAGGAGUUUUUAUUCCUCACACAGGCAAAGUAAAAGAUGAGAGGACCAGAGAAGCAAUGGUGUGUAACACAUUGAGGGAUGCAAGCAAACCAGUUGUGGGACCCGAUGCUACUGAGCCCCAUCAGCCUCAUGAUGACAAGACUUCCAAGGAGCAGACGAUGGCGCUAAAACCAUCACUCCGGAGAACAUCAGUCAGUACUUCUGGCAGAAAAUCUAAUCGGAACUCCAGUCACAGUGGUGAGGAUGAUCACCCCAAAGACAGCAGUCCAUUUCCCACCCUACCUCAACUCUCCUCGAGAAUGAAGCACAUUAAACAAGAGAUGACCAGAAAUCACCUCCAGUUUGUGCGUUUUGAAGCAACAGAUCUCCAUGGUGUGUCCAGGUCUAAGAGUAUCCCAGCGCAUUUCUUUCAAGAAAAAGUGAUUCAUGGAGUUUACAUGCCUCGAGGUUAUCUUGAAUUGAUGCCGAACCCUAAAAACAAUGAAGUCAAUCACAUACGAGCAACAUGUUUUAAUAGUGACAUCGUCCUGAUACCGGAGCUGUCCACCUUCCGAGUCCUGCCCUGGGCUGAGAGAACUGCGAGAGUGAUAUGUGAUACUUUCACUGUGACUGGUGGGCCUCUGGUGACAUCUCCAAGGUACAUCGCAAAGAAGCAGCUCAGCCAGCUGGAGAACGCCGGCUUUUCCCUGCUUUCUGCCUUCAUCUAUGACUUUUGCAUGAUUUGUGUGCCUGAAAUGAUCAAAUCCAAUACCAUAGCUUUUUCUGCUUCACCAUUACUAAUGAGCCACGAUGAGCCCUUUAUGCAGGAACUCGUGGAUGACUUGUAUCAGACUGGAGCAAAUGUUGAGAGCUUUUCCUUCUCUACCAGACCUGGUCAGACAGAAAUCUGUUUUCUGCCAGAAUUUGGCAUCCGUGCAGCCGAUAAUGCAUUUACCCUAAGAACGGCUGUGAAAGAAGUGGCAAGGAAAUAUAAUUACAUCGCCAGCUUUUUCAUCGAGACUGGAUUAUGCAAUUCGGGAAUUUUGUCUCACAGUCUGUGGGAUGUCAGUGGAAAGCAAAAUGUGUUCUGCAGCAGCUCCAGAGUCGAACAGCUUACGGUCCCUGGGAAAAAGUGGUUGGCAGGACUCUUGCAGCACUCUGCAGCUCUCAGCUGCUUGCUGGCCCCUGCUGCCAGCUGCCGGAAGCGUUAUUCCAAGGAGAGUCAAGCCCGGAAGGAGAGUGUGCCUGCAACAUGGGGAUACAACGAUAACAGCUGUGCUUUCAACAUCAAGUGUCACGGUGAGAAAGGGACCAGGAUAGAAAAUAAACUAGGCUCAGCGACAGCAAAUCCUUACCUGGUGUUGGCUGCAACGAUUGCUGCAGGCUUGGAUGGACUUCAAAGCCCUGACGAUGCCUUGACUGAUCCAGAUGACGGCACAGACCUUUGCCUGUCAAAACCUUCCGAGAUCCCUUUGAAAUUGGAAGAUGCCCUGGUGGCACUAGAGGAAGAUCAAUGUCUGAAAGAGGCUCUAGGAGAAACCUUUAUUCGGUAUUUUGUUGCCAUGAAGAAAUAUGAGUUGGAAAAUGAAGAAACGGAUGCUGAAAGAAAUAAAUUCUUAGAAUAUUUUAUUUAGAAUAAUUUGCUUAACUAUUUCUUUAGAGAUGUGAUUAUUACUUGAGUAGUUUAUCAACUAGAAAGAAAGGAAGGAACAUUCAAAAUAAGACUACAAAUACUACCACAUUUUUCAAUCCCCAUGGAAUAUUUGCUGAAAACAAACAAUAAAGUUGUG